AUGGCCGCUGCAGUGGACACCUCCAACACGGAGCUCAGCAAGCAAUAUGACACCCCCAUGGGUCUGGCUCACUCGACUAUGCAGGCUCUCAAGGACAGAAUCAAGCUUCAUUAUGACCUCGCGAGUGACUACUAUCUGAGUCUCUGGGGUGAACACAUCCACCACGGCUACUGGGAAGACGGCUCCGAAACAAAGGAACAGGCCCAGGUAAAGCUCAUCCAGCUCCUCCUCCAGCUCUCCGGCGUCGGCGAGAACAGCAACGUCCUCGACGUCGGCUGCGGCAUCGGCGGCACCUCCCGCUACCUCGCCUCCACACUCGGCUGUUCCGUGACGGGCAUCACCAUCUCCACCAAGCAGGUCGAGAUCGCCAACAGGCUCACAAAGGCCGAGGCGGAAAAGCAGGCGUCAGAGACAUCUGACAAGGCAAAAGAAAUCGAAGCCGACGCCGAUGGCUUCGUUCCGCUCGGCCGCGGCAGGAUCCGCUUCAUCGAGCUCGAUGCCGAAAAGAUGGGCGACUUCUUCGCUGGACAGAGCGCUUCGUUCGACGCCGUGUGGAUCAGCGAGGCGCUGAGCCAUUUCCCCAACAAGGCGCUCUUCUUUGAGAAUGCGUUCAAGGUUCUCAAGCCCGGUGGGAAGCUGGCCCUGGCGGAUUGGUUCAAGGCGGAGAAUGUUACUGAGACGGAGUUUGCGAACGAUCUCAAGCCGAUUGAAGACGGCAUGCUUCUCCCGCCGCUUUGCACCCAGCAGGGCUACGUCGAUUUUGCAAAGGGCGCUGGGCUUUCCUUGCUCGCGGGCCCAAAGGAUAUCAGCAAGGAAGUGAGCAGAACUUGGGACAUCACAUGGACUCUGGUCCAAAACCCUUCUCUGUGGGCCUUUGCCUUUAGUCAGGGCCGGGACGGCAUUGCAUUCUUGCAGUCCUUCCGCGCCAUGAGGCGUGGGUAUGCUAAUGGAACCUUCCGAUAUGCUGUUAUUUCUUUCGAGAAACCGAGCGAGAAAGCCGUAGCUGAUGGCUUGAUAAAGAACGAUGGAUUCUCAGGGAGUUUUGUCUAUGACAAUGGUAUUGCUAGCUGCAUGGGUAACCCAAUCGAUCCUCAGCCGUAA